UGGCGACUGGACUUCUAUAAAAUUUGCAUGAAACUCAAAUCAGCUGGGAAUGAUGUGUGAUGGAACGCCACCUUUUGUGAAACAAUACCAGAAAUAAUUUUCAACAGCUUUCAAAAAUACCUUCUUCAAAUGUUCAAGUUUCUGCGGGGGCAGAAAAAGCAACAAAACACUGAGAAUGCAGGCAUCCCUGAUCCACCCGCGCCAGACACGAUAAAUUAUGAGAACGCAGAGUCUGGUCUUGAGGAGGUGUUAAAGCCUUUAUUUCUACACGAAGAGCCGAUAUCCCCAGAGGAGUUUGCAAUGCUUGUGGCAGAAGCUGAGCGACUUUGGGCCAGAUUUCAGCAGCUUGGACCCAAUGAUGAACAAACUUUACCAAAUGAGGCGUUUCAACAGCAUCUUUUUACAUCAGAUCCAUUUGCAAGACAGAUUUUGAGAACUUUUCCAAGAGAUGAGAAUGGAAGUGUGAACUUCCAUGCAUUUGUUGGUGUGUUCAACUGGUGGAAAACUGCUCCAUUGGACAAGAAACUAGCAGGGAUUUUUAAAUUGCUGAACAAAUCACAACCUUUGGAUGUCCCUGUGUUACAACAGAUCUUGAUGUCACUUGAUAGCAGCAUUGAUGAAGAAACUGCCAAGUCAAGAGCAGAGCUUCUUGUUAAGACACUAGAUGACAAAGAUCAGGUGAUAUUAUUAGGAGAAAUUCUGUCUUAA